ACUUUCUUCUUAACUCCAACCCAUCACAACAAAAUACCAAGUGGAGACUCUGUUUUCUCUUCUUGUUCAAUAUUCAUUCUCAAUUACAAUUCAGAAGCACUCGAUCUUCUCCUCACCAAUGGCUCGCUCUUUCACCAACAUCAAGGCUAUCUCUGCUCUGGUAGCUGAAGAAUUUUCCAACUCUCUUGCCAGGCGCGGGUACGCAGCAACAGCACAAAGUGCAGGUAGAGUUGGUGCCUCAAUGAGUGGCAAGAUGGGAAGUACUAAGUCAGGGGAAGAGAAGGCUGCAGCUCGUGAGAAGGUUUCAUGGGUCCCAGACCCUGUCACCGGUUACUACAAGCCGGAGAAUAUCAAAGAGAUUGAUGUCGCGGAGCUGCGAUCUGCGGUUCUGGGAAAAAAUUGAACCAUUGAGUUCAUUUGUUUCAAUUUUUAACCACCAUCUGAAUGAAUGGUGUGCCUCUUGUCUAUUGAGGGUCACAGAACCUUUGGGGAUUCGGACAUAUAUGGGCUGUCCUAUGUUCAUGUUGUGCUUCUUCUUUGUAUUGUUCUGAGAAUCAUCUUCUCUUGGUCCAUUUUGUUGGUCCCCCCAUAUGUAAUCUCUGUUGUUAUGAAUGAAAUAGAUUAAUUAAUUUGAGGGCA